AUGGGCGGGUCCACUCCGCCCCCUGGAGUCCCACACGCCAAGGACCACCUCAGAGGCGUCCCCGUGCUCAUGAAUAAGGCCGAGGUCGACGAGUUGGGUGUGCCAAUCCUCCAGCGCAAAGACGCCAUCACGCUCACAGCGGCGCGAAAUGAAGGAUUCUGCGGCGAAUUGUUCCGGGGCCAGGCCCUCCAGGAGACGCUCGAGGCGGGCCGCGAGGGAAUGCCCGUGGGGCGGACCCCGCACGCGUACAACGACGCGCUGCACGCGCUCGCGAAGGAGAUGCACGCCAAGGGCAUCGGUCUCGAGGGCGGGGAGCAUCAGCGUCGGUUGGGUCUCCUGGCGUCCGCGGACAUGCGGCACUCGCCCAUGAACCCGGAAUCUGAGGUAUUUUCCGUGUCGAAACA